ACCUUUACGCCGGAAGCGACUUUUGUAAACACGGCUUGACACUUGGAGGUGAGAGUUUGUCCUCCUAUGUAGCAGGAAAAAUGUCAAAAAACGCUAAGAUAGUGUUAGUAUUUGGAGGUUUUGUAACCGCUGUUGCUGCUGCGUUUUACCCGAUAUUCUUCUACCCGCUGACGCACAAUAGAGAGUACAGAGAUGUUCAAAAGGUGAACCGGGCAGGAAUCAACCAGGCCGAUGUGCAGCCCGUGGGUGUGAAGGUAUGGUCGGAUCCAUUUAAGCCUACGGACAAAUGAUGACCAGCUGACCCUUCCUGCCGAUUCCAGGCACUGGUGGACAUUUGGAGUGGCAAACACCUUCUUUUGAUGAGUGCAUGGUGGGUGUGUGAGUGAAUGAUAGCGAGACUGGGUUUAUUAUGUUUAUUGAGUGUUUAAUUAUGUGAAUAAAGUGUGGAAAUCUUAGGAAAAUG